AUGAUAACAGAAUCAGGUGACUUCCACACUGAAAUUGCUGGCAGUUACCAUUUUCUAAGUAUAAUAUUAAUUUACAAAGUUGAAUCACAGUACAUCAAGCAGAAAUUGAAGAAAAUGAAUUUCCUCUCUGAGUGGAUGCCUUUGGCCCCACCUAGUGAUGAUGAAAUAUAUAAUCAAGGAAUUCUUAUCAAGGAAAUGGUUAAGGAAGAGAUCAAGAAAGAGAAUGAUCUGGAAAUUCAGGAAGAGAAUGAUCUGGAAAUCAAAGAAGAGAAGGAUCUAGAAAUUAAGGAAGAAAGUUUGGACUAUGAAGUGAGUGAUACAAACCUAAAACACAAGUAUCCUUCCUCUAUGGGAAGUAAGAGCAUCAGAGAAGAAGAAAAUGGAAGGAACUCAUAUAAAAUUAUGGAAAACUGUAAUGGUGCAUUGGUGACAACACCACUUGUGGCUGAUCAUUAUGAUACCAUACAAAUGUCAGGCAGGCACAAGGAAGGAAGGGAAGAGGCAACAUACCAAAAGCCAUGUUCUCAAAGAGUUAAAAUAGUGGAACAUAAUGAGGUGGAUACAAAUAAAUGUCACACGUGUGAGAUAUGUUGUAAAAUACCGUUUACAUAACCACAUGAGAGAUAUACAUACAAAAGAAAAAACAUAUAAGUGUGAGGCUUGCAACAAGACUUACAGUCAACAGGAAGCUGGUGAUACACCGGAAAAUGGAAUGUGAAUACAAGUGGUGACCAGAUAAUAACCAGACACCUAAG